AUGAUCGACAAGCUGGUCAGUCAGAUGACCUCUUCGCAGGCAUACCUCUGUCUGCUGGGAGGCUUUUUUCUGCUGUGUUUGUUUCGCAAAAUCCAGGUCUCCAGGCAGAUCGCGAGUCUAGGAAGUAGGGCUGCGCAGGUCCAAUUCCGCCUGCCGUAUGCCAUUGAUUUCAUUUACCGAUCGAUUAAAUCCAACAAGGCGGGUCGGGAUCUAGAAUUUUGGGAGAAUGCCAUCAAAACCGCCAAAGGCGCGUCGACGGUCGACUGUCCCAAAACCGCAGAGCUCGACGCGGGCGUCUCGACCCGAGCGAUCUUCACCAAGGACCCCGAGAACAUCAAAGCCAUUCUCACGGGCCAAUUCCUCGACUAUGGCAAAGGCGAGAGUUUCCAUCGCGAGUGGAAGGAGUUCCUUGGGGAUAGUAUCUUCGCGACGGAUGGCGAAUUGUGGUCUCGCUCGCGACAUCUGAUCCGGCCCAUGUUUGUUCGCGAACGGAUCGUCGACACGGAGAUCUUCGAGAAGCAUGUUCAGCAUCUGAUACCUUUAUUGGAAGGUCAGCGAUCGCCUGUUGCUGGCAAGGUGGUGGACGUUGGCCCUCUCUUCUUUCGCUAUACUCUCGACGCGGCUACCGAUUAUCUCCUCGGACAGGGUACAGAUAGUCUUCAGAAUCCGAAGACCACUUUUGCCGAAGCAUUUCGAUAUGUGCAGCAUCGCCAGGCCGAGUUCUUCCGUCUCGGGAUAUUCAGCGGCCUGCUAUCCCGUACGCAAUUCCGACAGAACCUCAAACUAAUGGACGAUUUUAUACAACCAUACAUUAACCAUGUCCUCUCCUUGUCUCCCUCGGAGCUGGACCAGAAACUCUCCAAGCGGGAGACAUUCCUGGAAGCCCUCGCCCGCUUCACAAGGGAUCCGCGGGUCCUACGCGAUCAGCUCGUGGCCAUCCUCCUGGCAGGCCGCGACACAACCGCCACCACGCUAUCCUAUUGUGUCUUCGAACUCUCGCGCAACCCUCAAAUAGUCGCCAAACUCCGCGACGAGAUCCGUCACCGUCUGGGUCUCGGCCCUGACGCCCAAAAGCCCACCUACGCCGACCUCAAGGAGAUGAAAUUCCUCAACGCCGUCCUCAACGAGACCAUGCGUCUCUACCCCGUCGUCCCUUUCAACGUCCGCUACUCGCUCCGCGACACCACCCUUCCCCGGGGCGGCGGCCCGGACGGCCUGUCCCCUGUCGGCGUCCGCGCCAACACGCGCAUCAUCUACUCCACGAUGACCAUGCAGCGAAGCGCCGAACACUACGACCCCCCUGGCUCGGCUACGUACUUCGAUCCCGAGAAAUGGCUCCCGGAGCGCUGGCUGUCCGGAUGGCAGCCAAAGCCAUGGCAUUUUAUUCCCUUCAACGGCGGCCCGAGGAUCUGUAUCGGUCAACAGUUCGCUACCAUCGAGAUGGGUUAUACCAUCGUGCGGAUUUUACAGGCGUUUGAGCGUAUCCAGGCCAUGCCGGCGACUGGCAAAGACUCGGUCGAGGAUCCGGUUCUGCGGUUCGAGGUCACUCUGAGUCCCGGGUCGGAGAUGAAUUGUGUUUUUGUGAGGGAUGGGCAGGCGGGAUAG